GUUCGUCGAGUUCAUAUCCUCAGAACAACCAACCAGUUCUACUUGAAAGUUUUCUAGAAAAUCAUAAUCAUCAUGCCGUUCGGUUCCAGCCACAGUGUCUACAUGGCCAACGCGACCAACCAAGACAUCCAUGUCAUGGUGUCUCUCAAUCCCGACUGGGCUAUUGCAGAUUUUAUCACCGACAUUGGUCUCUUCUUCAUCGCCGUUGGCGAAAUCAAACAACUUGUGACCGCCGUGGAGCUUCCGAAGACGAUCGCGACCCUCCGUGACCUAUAUCAAUUUCUUAAAAUCACUUACAUGGCUCUAGGUGGGACGGCCGCCGCUGGCUCCCGCCCUGCAGAAGCCGUUUUGGCCCUCCAUAACGCGAUCAAAAAGAACUCUAUCCCUAUUCCUGCUGGUCAGUACAAGCUGGUUAACGAGAAGAAUGCUUUGGAGUUGUAUCUCAAUGCAUCCGGGAUCGGAAGCUUGUUGAACGCGAGCACGGUGUCGAUGGUGGUCAUGAGUGGCGAUGGGAAGCAGUUUGCGAUGUAUAAUACCAACUCGGAUUACUCCUGGAUCGCCACUAACGAUAAGAAGUGCGUCCGAUCCAAGUAUGGGUCAAUCUGGCAGCAGGACCCUCAAGCUGGAGUGGUGGAUUGGCCUGUAGGCGGCAACUAGAUAGAGAACUGAACCCGCAGCUCAGUAGCUUGCUUUUAAAUAGUUGAUAGUGAAAUGGAUCGAACCAAUAGUAUUGAAGUCUACAUGGAAUUUGUAGCUCAAUAAGUUAUAAUAUUCGACUCGAUAUCAGUCAUGACAUACGGUG